AUGUUUAUAGAUUUUUGUUUGAUUUUAUUAACAUUUGUUAAUAAUGACAGUGGAAAAAGUUGUUAUAAUCAAACAUUAAAACAAAAUGGUGAAAAAGCUACCUAUUAUGUUAAUCGUGCAUUAUGUUAUAUAAAAUUAAAACGAUGGGAUAAAGUAUAUCAAGAUGUUCGUCAUAGUCUUGAUCUUGAUCCAAAUUAUAUCAAAGCUCACGCUUAUUUAGGUCAAUAUUAUAUUGAACAACAACAAUAUGAUGAAGCAAUAACAUGUUUUAAACGAGCACUUGAAUUAUGCAAAAUUCAAAAUAAAAAUUUUGGUAAUGAAAUUCAAAGACUUUUACACUAUCCACAAAAAUGUCGUUUUUCAUUAAUGGAACAAAACCGUAUUGAAAAUGACAAUAGUUUACAAACAUAUCUUCAUUCAUUAAUACAAACAGAUAAAGAACGACGUAUGCAAUUAUGUAUUGAAAAAUAUUUAGAAGAUAAUAAAGUUAAUAUAAAUAAAUAA